AUGGCAGACGAUGCGGAUGGGGAAGAUAAGCUGCAGAUGAAAACAAGUAGUUCGAUUCAGCAGAUGCUGACUUCCAUCAUUCAGGAACGAUGCCGAGAUGUUGUAAAGUUUACAUCAGACGGAGAGUUUGAAUUGGUCCCCAGCACUGUAAAUGAUUUCUGGACAAGCCUCUUUACAAAAUACUUCCUCAGUGGCUCAGUGUCCAGGGAUGACACCCGAGAUGACAUGCUGUUUUAUGUCCGAAAAAUUCCAAACCCCAAGGGCAAGUUUUACAUGAAGACGGAGAUCGAAGUAUACCGUAGAGCCUCAAAGAAUGUUCCAUCCCUUGAGGACAAGACAAUCAACUGGGAGGAAACUGUAUACCUCAAUAUAAUUUUACAUCAGUUUGAGUAUACGGUCACGUGUGCUGUUUGUACAAGAACAAGUGAAGCUGAUCUUCAAAUCCUGAAAAAAUUUUCACAGAGAGUAUACCCAUCUCCUAGUCGACGAAGGAUGGACAGCAAAGGAACAGAAGAAGAAAUUACUUAUCCUAAUAUCUUCUUCACUGUCGACAAUUUUGAAGAGGCUUUUGGCGACAUCAUUGUGCGAGAUAGUGAGAUGGUAUGUGUGGAACUAACAGCAGCUGACAGAAGGGGGAAUCUACAGGGAGUUAUCUUUCUUGGAUCAAUACGCUAUGAAGCUCUGAAAAAGGUUUAUGAUGCUCGGGCAAGUUUGACAUCAAAAAUGGUACAGACCAUGUCUCUGGGAUGGAUCAAGAGUCAUAAACGAGUUGAGUUUGUGAGGAUGAGAGGCCCACAAAGUAAAGGACAUGCUGAAGUAGCAGUCAGUCGGGUAGAAGGAUCAGGACCAGAAACACCAGAUUUGGAGAACUUUCCUCUCGAAGACUUUGAUGGCCAAGAAAGCGAUCAACAACAGCAGAACCAGUACACACAACGGAGAAUGAGUGACCCUAGCUCCUCACUUGGCUCCCUGGUGCGAGGUGGCAUACGAAGAAUGAGCAUGAAGAAGUCACGAUCAGAGACGGAGAGAGUUGAUCAUACACUAGAUGUUGAUGGAUGUCAUGAAGUUGAGGCUGGCACCAUUCAGGAAGAAUUGAAAAACAAAGAACAGUAUGAUGGUUUUCUUGGAAAAAGUUUUGGACAAGCCUGGCAAAUCUUCAAGGAAAGAAAAAGGCUUAAUAGUGUGGCUCUCAACUCCUAUCUUACCUAUAUCACACUUCCUUGGCAUCGGAUAGUCGCAGAUGUAUUGGACAAUCGUCAAAAGCCAAUAUUGCUUUUCUGA